CCGCAUAGACGUCAAGAUGAUAACGCAAGAGAAGAAGUGACAUUGAAGACACAAGAACAGGAAGUUGAAGCCACAAACUUCAGCACAAAAAAAACACGCACCACACACAAGACACACAAAACCUAGUUUAAGUGGAUUAAGACGACGACGAGUCCGACGUGUGAGGAUGGAUGAGGACGUAAAGAAAGAAGGAAACGUUUACUUGCAGCACCACAGGUUUGGAAAGAAAUGGAAGAGCAUGUGGUGCGUGCUGUUCCGGGAAAGUUCUUCUUCCAUCUCCCGUCUGGAAUUGUGGGAAAUCAAAGACGGCGGCAGUGGUGAGAAGAAGCAAAGGAGCGGACGCAAACACACUAAGUGUCCAUUGUCCUGCCCUCAGGUUAUCCGUCUGUCCGACCUGGUUCGUGUGAGUACCAACGUCCAAGUGGAGGCGUGUCCGGCUGAUUCUGCCCCCUUCCUACUGGAGACUGUCGACAAGGUUGUGGUGCUGGCGGCUCGCGCUGACCACGUCAACGAAUGGGCUACAACGCUGUGCCAGCUCGCCUUUCCCGUGAGCUGGGAGGAGAGCAAAAGCAGAGAACAACAACAAAAACAAGAUGAGAGAAGAGGAAAAGACCAAGAAGGGAUGGAGGACAACGCUUUGUACAGCUCCACCACUGACCCAGGGCGUGACUUCCGGGUGCAUGUGCGUCGUACUGCGUCAUCUGAACGUUGCAGUUUAAAGGGAGAUGGCGUUCUCAGAGCGAGCGUGGACGCACUACACCUGCUGGAUAGUCAAGGUGUUACACUGAUGUCCUGGCCAUACAGAUUCCUUCGCCGCUUUGGGCGGGACAAGAGCUGCUUCUCCGUGGAGGCAGGUCGUCGUAGCGCAUCUGGUGAAGGCAAUUUUGAGUUUGACACCAAAGAAGGUCACUCCCUGUUCCAAGCAGUUGAAACAGCCAUUAGCAUUCAGCGUGCCCGUCAAACAUCAGGAGGCAUGCCCAUGAGGCCGGACCGCUCCCGGAAGGCCAAGCUGCCGCCAUUACCGCCCACGCCAUCCUCGGCUGCUCAGGUGGCCUUGGCGCCGACAGUGGUAGGGGUCAGCGGGUUGACGUUGGAUGACAGCCGUGGGUUGGUCUCUGUAAAUUGCUGCCCCUCCAGCCCCGAUACCUGGUACCUGGACCCCACGUACUCACAGGUGUCCUUUCCCGCACCAUGCACGCCACCUUGCACGGCGUCGCCCAGUGAGCAGGAAUACUCGGAGGUGAUGCUGAACCCGACACGCCUUUGCGACGAGGGCCCAGAGGGCCACGCCACGGCGCCGCUCUACAGGAGAGCAGAUCACAUUUACGACGAGCCGCAAGUCAAAGACUCGCGCCCCCCACGAGCCCCACCCUCCGAAUACGACAUCCCCGAAGAGCUGAAAGGAGAUGCCUGGAAGGUCAUGGCCGCCCCAGCUGACCCUCGCAGCCACCUCUACUCCACCCCUAAACGGGGACGCGGGGAUCAUCAUGUCACAGUACAGGAAAUGCCGGAAGAAGCCCACAAGUUGUACAACAAUGUAAUGGCGGGAUGUCAAUGUGACAACAGUGAUGACAAGAUCAUCUGAUCGCACCGUGAGGGGUCAUUCACUGUACAGCAGCAACCUUGACUUACAAUUGGAGUCGCUCGUUGCGCAAAUCAUCUGCUAUUGAAAUUAUAGCAAUACUAUUAAGCUGUUUCAUACCCCCCAAAAAAGUGUGUUUAAAAA